GUGACCAGGGACCACGCAGCUCGCUGGACUGUCAGGUGAGACGUGGUGACUUCCUGCUGGGGAGCUGUUCUCCUUAUCAGGUGAAAUUUGUUUCUGAAUAAUUCCAUCUUUCCUCAUUGGAAACCUUCUUGAAUUCUAAAACGUUACAGGUAACCAAAAACGAAAAAAGGUGAAGCUUGUUAUGAAUAUUUUUCUGUAAUUUGUGCAUUUUUUUUCCUUUUCUAUUUUUCUUUUCUGAACCCACUGUCUUUUAUAUUACUGAUGUACUGAGCUCCCAAAUCUGUUUAUUUACCAGGAAAGAGAAAGCAAGUGCUAUGGAAUUUGCCAUUGUUCUCUAUGACUCUAUCUUGAGGAGCUGUUGAAAGCUCCUGCUCAGAGGACAACGUGUGGAUCCCUGAGAAGGCAGUGGAGGUCUCCCUGACUCCCACGCCAGGUCCUGCCCCAGUUUUCUGCUUCUAAGGAGUUUCGUGCUGCUGGGAAAAUUCUCGAACAAGUCCAUGUGUUCCCUCAUCCCCCUCCCCCCGCUUUAGCCACAGGGUUAGAUGGAAUACCCUCCAGGCUCCUCCCGGGUGAUAGGGCCAUUCAGCCUCUGAGCUGUUCAUACCCGGAUGGCAUCCCCUUAAGGAUGCGGAGCUGGCCUGCACUGACUCCUGCUAACAGUUCCUAGAGCAGGUGUCAGGGUCGCUUGCCCUUUAAGAGGGCUCCUAGCUGCCCGAGUGGAUGAGAAAUGCACAGAACUAUGGGAGGAUAGGAGUGUGAUGGGUUUUAAGCAUGAGCCAAGGAAGGCAUGAAUGAGCUGUACCUCACCCAAGAUCUGAUGGCAGAGAUCAGUAAACUUCACGAUGUGCUUAAUCUCAAACCCUAGUCUAACGCCAGUCUUCCUGCAGACAGUUCCGAGAGCAGGUCUCGGCGUCGUUUGCCCUUUAAGAGGGCUCUCGGCUGCUCGAGUGGCUGAGGAUCAGUGUGUGAAGAUUGAUAUUAGACUAGGAAAACAAAUCUUAGUUAACUUUUAUUUUCAUUUCUGCUGCUGCUUUGCUGCACCUCCUUUCUCUUCCCUUCAGGGUUUACUGUGGUUCUCACUGGUCUGUUUCCGGAGCCUUCCAGGAGAGAGCAGAGCAUUUUGGGGACUGAAAGCUUCAAGUUCCUGCCCUCCGUGGUUGGUGAGGAAGGCAGUCUGCAUAUUUAGCUAGCUAGUUAUUUGCAUGUGAAGCCCCCGGAGGCUUACAAACUGUUGAGAGGUUCUGCAAGGCAUGCAAACAAACAGAGCAACAGGCUGGAAACUCUUCCUGGAGCGCUGCAGCAUUCCGGUGUGUGGAAGGCUCUGAGGAGUCUCAGCCCAGCAUUUCCAAACUUCUCGGAGCCUAAAACUCUUUUGUCUCAUACCUGGUCCCAGACCCCCACAAAACAUGUUUUGCAGAACUUCUGCCAACUUUGGGAUAGCUUACCCACUUCCUAUUCUGGGAAAGGUUUUAUUGCUUGUAGACCCCUCAGAAGGCAGGGUGUGGUGUACGUGGGCUGUUCUCCCCAGCUCAGCCUGGGUCAUGAACAAACGGGCAGUUGUUUGGCCUGAAUCUCGGGGCAGGUUGGGGAGAGCACAUAGACUCUGUGAGUGGUUUGGGGAGUGGGAGAGCUUGGACCUUGGGGAGAGGAGAGCCAUUGGUUUUAGUCACCGACCUUCAUCCCUCACCCUGGUCCUCCAUGGUGCAGCAGCAUCUCAUGGGCCUUGUGGCUCUCAGAGCUCGUGGUUGGAACCCUGUCCACUUGUCCCAAACCGGGAGGGGCAGCUGCAGAUAAGGUUUGGACCCCCUGGUGUCUCUGUGGAUUCUGAGUGCCCCGGAGGGGAGGGGAGGGGGGAAGGUGGCAUCCUGGCCUCCAGGAUAAAUGCCUGGAAUAUAGGACAGUGCCACGGGCACUUGGAGACCCUGUCCUGCGCAUCUGCCAAGCCUGGCAAUUUUUAGAGUUUUUUGAAAUGUUUUGAUACUUUUUGAUACAAUUUGCUAAUAACUGUUUUGUAGAAUGUCUGACGGGGGUUUUCCACCUCAUCCCCUUCCUCCGGCCCCUUGAUUUGUGCUGGACAACAGAUGGCCAGUGGUCUGCACCAGGACCUCGCCUCAUGUGGCUUUGUCUCGGAUCUUGCCCUUUUCCGUCGCUGAGGCGGUGCAGCUGUAGAGUUUCGUGAAGCUGCAUGCAAAGUUGCACCCAGCCCAGGGGUAUGACUGUCUCAGGCCCCCAGCUGAUUUGGCAGGAGGAAACCUUAACUCCCUUGAGAGGGUCUGCAUUUCUUCCAGAGCUCCUACCUCAGUGGUGUGCACAGACUUGGAGAGACACCUGAGGGCCGGUCCACGUCUCACCUUUGCCAUACGGGUCAUUUCUUGAUCAAAUAUAUGACUGGGGUCCUGGUUUACUCCCGUCCACCCUUUCUUUUAAAGUAUUCUUAACAUGAAAUCCACAAAAGCAGAAACAAUGAACCAUUCUUGCACUUUACAGAAUCAUUGUCCUUAGCUUUAGAGGUUGUUAAUUUCUUGUUGUUUUUAACAUGAAUAGAAUGUGUGGUUCUGAAGGUGUGUGGGGGUCUCAAGAAAUUGUCCUUUGGGGCCGGGCGCGGUGGCUCACACCUGUAAUCCCAGCACUUUGGGAGGCCGAGGGGGGCGGAUCACCUGAGGCCAAGAGUUCGAGACCACCCUGACCAGCAUGGUGAAACCCCGUCUCUCCUAAAAUACGAAAAUUAGACAGUCAUGGUCGCCUGUAAUCUCAGCUCUUCGGGAGGCUGAGGCAGGAGAAUCACUUGAACCCAGGAGGCAGAGGUUGCAGUGAGCUGAGAUUGCGCCACUGCACUCCAGCCUGAGUGACAGAGUAAGACUCUGUCUCAAAAAAAGAAAAGAAAUUGUCCUUUGGUUGCCUUAGUUACCAGAGUUGAAUGAAUGUACACAUUUCGGUAGUUGGGGGGGGGUGGGGCCGAGCGGAUAACCCCUUCCUUGUCUGUUUCCUUUGAGAAAAGACACUCCACCUUUUCACAGUUACUUAAAGCCAUCUUUACAGAUUGCUUGUAAUGGAAGGAAAGAGUCCUGUCCUUUGGAUUGAUUGAGGUUAAGUCAUCAACCACUAGCCCCCUUUCAAAAUCAGCGAGAUAUCUGAUGAUUAAGUGAUUCAUUGGGUAUGUUCUGGCUACUGAUGUUACUGAAAUCUGCAAUCGUGUAUGUUUUUUAAUUUGUUGCUUUUGUAUUUGUAAUUUUAUGACAUUCGAAGUUUCUGUGUCUUAACUCUUUUUAAUUAAUUUUCUGCACGUUGCUUUUUUCUCUGUUUUUAAUUCCAUACAAAGUAUUCAAUUCUUGAAACACAUUAAAAUAAUUUGCUUGCUAGGGUAUGGUUUAUUUUAUAAUUACAUUCCUAGUCUUGUGUGGUUAUUGUAAUGAUCUCUGGUCCUAAUUUCUCUGCCCGUAUGAAAAAGAACCCCUUGCAUGUUGAUCCUAAAUAUAAUUUGGAAAUUAA